AUGGACGCAGCAGCAGUGGCUGAGACCAACGACGUGAGUGCUGCAAGUCCACCCAGCAACGCAGCUGCUGCCCCCACAGACCAUGCAGCAGGGGCAGCCUGCGAAUAUCUCACCGCAUGCAGGGACUGGCCUCGCAUGCGCGAGCAGCUUCUGCAGCGCAUGUCAGAGAACUCAGCGCAGCCCAGCACACAGGAGCCCGAGCCGCCCAGCACCCCAAACCGUGAAGGUUCCUUGGCCGAGCAGAGCCCGUUUUCGGGGCAGCCUGGCAAGUGGGCAGGCCAGGAGUCUACAUGCCAGAAGCAGGCAUGGAACGCUGCCGGGCGGCUGCCGGUGCGGUGGCGCCAAAUUGCAUCGCCCGCAGCGCUGCUGCUGACACUGCUGCUGCUAGCGUGCUGCGGCCCUGCCUGGCGAGGCAGUCACCUUGAGGUGAAUCUGGCGGCCAGGGCGUCGCCAGGGGCAACUUCGAGGCUGUGCCAGACGUGCACCGGCGCAUGCGCGCGGCUGUUAGACCCGCUGCCCUUUGGGCAGGGGCUGAUGCCCAGCGGGCAGGGGCUGAUGUGGACCGGGCAGCCCAUGGCGUGCCGGGGCGGCUUCUGCGUGCCCGCGGACCCCCCCGCAGAACUGACCAGUGCAUGUUCUGGCGACUGGGACAGCACUUGGGAAGAGGAGGUGCAGGAAGAGCAACCGGAGGCAGAGGAGGAGAGCCUUAGGUCGCGCAGAGGCCGCAGACUGCUCGUCUCGGGGAGCCAGCGGCAGCUGACGCACGUGGGCCGUGAGCAGGUGCGGCUGCUCAACAAGUGGACUCGCGCAUUCGCAGCCCGGCUCGCCCUAGAGUCCGACUCGCCGCCGGCCGCCAACACGGCGCCGGUGACUCUGGCGUCGGCCGAGGCCCCUUUUGCAGACCCCUUCCUCAUGGAAUUCGAGGACCCCGGAGCCCUGAAGCAGGCCUUCAACGAGCCCCCCGUCACCUUUGAGCAGGCUCUGCUCGCCGCGCGGCUGGAGGCCAGGAAGGCUGUUGGCCAGGGUGCUCAAAGGAGCAUGAUCAAGUCUGUGGCGGCUGAUUUGGCGCUGGGCAAUCUGCUGGACGCUGACUCAUUCCAGGUUGACUCACCCGGCGCCGGCCCGGUGCGCAAAACCGCGCGCGUCCGCGGCGCAGACGAGACGCUCGCCGAGCCGGCCGCCACCGGCGCCAGCCCCUUUGCACGCGUGCAGCGGCAGGACGGCCCCGUCUUUUCGGGACUAAACGUGAAGGUGAUGGGAGUGGUGCAGCCGUCGCUGCCCAACAAGCUGGUACCGGCGGCGCAGAAGUGCUUUGUGCUGGCGUACAAUCAGGGUUACGCGAAUCUCUCCACCCCGCACUACCUGGCGGUGAAGAACACUGCCAACAAGGGCGCCUGCUGCAGCCUCUGCCAGAGGGACCCCCGCUGCAUCGCGUGGACGCGAGUCGCAGGCGCGAGGGAUGAUGUGAGAACAUGUUACCUGAAGGACAGCCUGCAGCGAGACCCGGACCUCAUGACGUAUGCCUAUUCCUACGCGCCCCCCUACCUUCACCGUGACUACCCCCAGGUGAGGUACAUCGUGGAUGCAUUGCCGGUCAUGCUGGAGUCAGGCACGAAGCAGAUGGCGUUGCCUGCCGAACUGUACGGCUGCCCGUACCCGCCCGUACCCGGGCAGCCGCUGGGCAGCUGCGCUGCUCCACUGAUGUGCAACUGCCACCAAGGCAUCUGCUACGGACAGCUGAACCGCGCUCCUCGGCAGGAGGGUCUGGCGGGAGAGGGAUCGCCCCCGAACGGCAUUGCAACUAGCGACCCAGGCACCACGCUCGAUGACACAUCUGAUGAGCCGAGCGCGCGGCGACUGGCGGCAGUGCCGCUGUCUGAAAUGUGCGAGGCCUGCCUGGACACCUGUGGCGGUCUGGCCCUGGGUCACCUGCCCAACGGAACCUGGCAGGCGUACCCGCGAGAGGGGCACACUAUGACGUGCGCGCAGGGGUUCUGCGUACCACACGAGAUGCCCGAAUUUGCAGAGAUCUGCGGAGACAGCUACAGCAACGCCAGCCCCAGCAGCGGCAGCUCAAAUCAGGGGGCUGCCAGCUCAUCUCCAGCCGCUAACUCGGACGCCAACUUCGUCCUGCCGGUCAGGAAGAGCAGCAGCAGUGGCAGCAGCGGCAGGGCUCCCCAGCCGCCUGCUCCCUCAAAGCUGGAAGGCAACGGCGCCGCGCAGAUCUACCGGGCAAACAGCACAACACCCAGCCGCGCCGGAGGCGCGGCUGAUGUUAUCGCCUCGGCCCGCGCUGAUGUCACCGACGCGGCUCGCGCCAACGUCACCUCGGUGUAUGUGGGCGAGGGAGGGGGCACCUCUGCAGACCUGCGCGCGGCCGCACGCGCCGCUGAGGGUACUAACAUUAGUAGCAGUGUCCACAAGCACGACGAAAAGAGCGGCCGCGGCAUCGCACCGCCCCCGGGCAACAAGGGCGUUCCUGUGGAGGUAAUUGUGCCGAUGAAGCGCGGCCGGCGGCUGCUCGGGCAGGGACUUGGGCGGAGUCUGCUACAGACGAAGGUCAGCACAAGCCCCUCGCCGAGCCCCGGCGCCCCCAAGGCCCCCACUCCGGUGGCGACCACAAAGCCCCCGGUUGCAACAACAAAGCCGCCAGUGGCAACAACAAAGCCUCCAGUGGCGACAACCAAGGCAGCUGUUCCGGCAGUCACUAAGCCGCCAGUGGCGACAACCAAGCCUCCAGUGGCGACAACCAAGGCAGCUGUUCCGGCAGUCACUAAGCCGCCAGUGGCGACAACCAAGCCUCCAGUGGCGACAACAAAGCCUCCAGUGGCGACAACCAAGGCAGCUGUUCCGGCAGUCACUAAGCCACCAGUGGCGACAACCAAGCCGCCUGUUGCAAUAACAAAGCCGCCAGUGGCGACAACCAAGGCAGCUGUUCCGGCAGUGACUAAGCCGCCGACGCCGGCUGUGACAACAAAGCCGCCAGUGGCGACGACAAAGCCGCCAGUAGCAACAACAAAGCCGCCUGCGCCAGUGGCCACAAGGCGGCCUCGCUCGCCGGUGGUCACUACCAAGCCGCCGGCCCCGAUGCCCACAACAAGGCCGCCGGUGCCGACUACAAAGCCCCCGGUGCCGACGACCAAGCCGCCUGUACCGACAACAAGACCGCCGCUGCCGACUACCAAGCCUCCCACGCCAGUGCCAACGACAAAGCCGCCGACGCCUGUGCCGACAACAAAGCCGCCGACGCCGGUGCCGACGCCUGCGCCGACAACAAAGCCCCCGACACCAGUGCCGACUCCUGCGCCCACGACAAAGCCCCCCACGCCGGUGCCAACGCCUGCGCCGACAACAAAGCCCCCUACUCCGGUCCCCACACCGGCCCAUACAACCCCACCGCCGACACCGGUCCCCACUCCGGUGGCCACCAAGGCCCCCACCCCGGUCCCCACUCCGGCAGCCACCACCAGCCCGACUCAGCAGAGCCCGCCAGCGCAGCAGAGUCCCCCGACGCAGAGCCCCCCAGCGCAGCAGAGCCCCCCGGCACCGAGCCAACAGCAGCUGCUGGCCGAGUGGAUGGCCGCCUUUGCACAGCGCGUCGCCGAUGACAGAGCGUCCGGGAAUCGAACGCCGGUCUGGGAGCUGAUCGCCGGGGCCGAGGCGCCGUGGGCGGAUCCCUUCCUUAUGGAAUUCGAGGACGGCGGCGCAAUGAAGCAGGCCUUUGGAGGGAAUGCUCCGCCAUCGCCGCUCAGUUUCGAGCAGGCUCUGAUGGCUGCAAGGCUGGAAGCCAGACAGACUGCUGAGGGAGCGCAGGCAACGCUGGUCAAGUCAGUGGCGAUGGGAGCCGAGGAUCCGGGCCAUCUGACUGGGGCGCUUGGAAACCUUUUGGACGAAGAUGUGAGUACUUCUGAGCCACUGCCGGUCGUGCGUACUGCGCGCACACGGCCUGCUGACGUGGAGGGCCUCGCGGAGCCUGCCGGGCCGCCAGCUGGCGCCAGCCGAUCCGCCGGCGUGCGGCCGCAGCCGCCGCCGACGACCGAUUACAACGCGCUCAAUGUGAGGGUGAUGGGAGUCAAGCAGCCGGAGUUGCCAUCAAGGAACCCCGAUCAGUGCUUUGUGCUGGCGCACAACUUGGGCUACGCAAACCUGUCCUCAGUGCACUACCUGGCGGUGAAGAACACUGCGAAUAAGGGCGCCUGCUGCAGCCUCUGCCAGAGGGACCCCCGCUGCGUCGCGUGGACGCGAGUAGCAGGCGGCCGGGGAGAUGUGAGGACGUGCUACCUGAAGGAAUCACUGCAGCGCGAUCCUGAUCUGGGAGCCUUUACAUUUUCAUACGCACCCCCCAAGCUCCUGCACGAUUACCCCGAGGUGAGGUACGUAGUUGACACGCUGCCGGUCAUGCUGGAGUCAGGCACCAAGCAGAUGGCGUUGCCUGCCGAUCUGUACGGCUGCCCGUACCCGCCCGUACCCGGGCAGCCGCCGGGCAGCUGCUCGGAGCCGCAAAUGUGCAACUGCCAUCGCGGCAUCUGCUUCGGGCCCUGCCAGCACGGCACCGCUGAACCUUCUGAGGUGCAGCAAGCCACCGUGGAGGGUGCAGGGGAAGCCGCUGAAUCAGAGCGCCAGAGCUUAGAUGAGGGAGGCCGCACCUACUCAGACACGGUCGAACUAGUACAGCGAAGCGGGACUAUACGCAGGAGGGGCGCUCGCAGCCUCUCCAUGGAGAAAAACACCCCAGGGACAGAGGGCUGGAUGCGCCAGCGCUUGGAGAGCAUCUCUGGAGGGGGCUCGGAUCCUGAGUCGGUGGAGAACACUCACGAGGAUUCUGACGCGCCAGAGCAGCAGCCGGCAGAGCAGAGGCACCAGCAGCAGCAUGACCACCAGCAGCAGCUGGUGCAGCGGCUGAACAGCGGCUGGCGCAGCUUCUCGUGGGGGAAUCAGGAGGCCUUUAAGACCAUCGGCGGCGCGCGGCGGACGCGCCGGCGGCAGCGAGUGCUGCACACGGCCUCCAAGGUAGCGCCCUGGGCGCCGCUGAUCACGGUGUUUAUUCUGGCGCUGCUGUCCGGCUUUGCCGUGCGCCUACUGCUGCCGCACGACGGCCCCAAUGCGGUGGCUGCGCUGCGCGCGGCCGGCGCGGCCGCAGCCGGCAGCACAGCGGUGCACCGGCGGAGGCUAAACGCGCUUGUGCCGCCCGCCUUUCGCAUCAACCCGCUGGCCGGGCAGCUGCCCGCCGGGCAACCUGGCGUGCAGGCGGCCGCGCCGUUUUUCCCGAUCGACACCGACGGCGUCGCGCAGCACGGCACCGGCGCACCGGCGGCCCGUGCCUCCGUCGAUCUUGGGGUUUUGGACAAUAACGACAAAGGAGCGAUGGCGGGCGUGUUGGCACCGGGGCUCGAGGCGGCAAAUCUCGGCCGGCGGCUGGCCCCCGGGCCGGGCCCGCGGCCGGCGCCGGCACCGGCCGAGGCGGCAAUGGCGGCGGUGGCCGCCCCGGUGGCGGCCGCGCCGGUGCGGCUGCCGGUGCGCGGCGGCGACGGCGAGCUGCUGCCGCUGCCGGCUCCGCUGCGAGUGUGCCUGCUGACUGCGGACUUCCAGGGCCUGCCCAACGCCGGCCCCAUCGCCACUGCUUACACCCUCCUCGCCGCUGCCCUCGGCACCGACCCCAGCCUCAAGGUGACGCUGCUGGGGGCGAGCAAGGAUCUGGAGGCAUGCGGGCGAAUGGCAACAACGCAGCACCAGCUGAAUCCGGCGGUGCAGUAUGCGUGCCUGCAGCAGGACCACUUCCUGCCGGCCACCGUCAACACGCAGCCCUUUGAGCAGCUUAGUCACGCCGUACUCAACUGGCUCCUGGACCACCAGCACGAUUGUGACGUGCACGAGUGGAGCGGGGUGUUCAAAAACUUGGUGAUGGCAUCGCACUUCCGCCGCUUCCGCCCAGGGCUGCGAGUCGCUGUCAGCCUCUUUGGCGGCCACUACUGGCGCACCCAGUGGAUGCUGCCGCGGCCGACGGACAUCAUGAGCCUGCGUCUGGACAACACGGAGCGGCAGACGGUGGAGAUGGCAGACAUCGGAAUUUCUUCCACCCGCUACAUCGCCUCCUGGCUACGCCAACGCUCCUGGGCUCUCCCAGACAACAGGCUGGCGAUACCGAGCAUGGUCCCGGGUGCCGAGUACUCGCCUCCGCAGCGGCCGCAGCGGCCGGUGUGGAAGCUGGCUUUCUACGCGCCCCUUGAGGAGACCAAGGGGAUCAAGCUGUUCUGCGACGCUGUCGAACAGCUGCCCAAGACGGUCCUCGCGCGGCCCGGCUUCGAGGUGCACAUCAUCGGCGAAGAGGCCAAGAUCGACCAGAAGCUGAGCCUGCCGUGGCUGCGCAAGAGGACCGCUGACUGGACCUGGAAGACCCACAUCCUGCCCAGCCCCACCCGGCAGCGGGCGAUGUCGGCGGUGGGGCAGGAGGGAAUGCUGGUGGUGUUUGCAUCGCCCCUGGAGAACGUGCCCUACACCCUCGCUGAGGUGGCGGUGGCGGGAACGCCCCUGCUGACCUUUGACGUCGGCGGCGCUUCGGACCUCAUCGACCCCAAGACCCACGAGGACCUCUUCUGCGGCCUCCCCUCGGUGGGCAACUUGGUGCCUUGCAUGCGCAACGCAUUGCUGCGGGGCUACAUAGCGCCGCCAGUUUUGGCGCCGCGGAUAGUGGCGGCGCGGCAGCAGUGGCUGGAGUGGCACCAUGACUACGCGCUGAAUCAGCUGCCGGGCGCGCUGAGUCAGGACGCUGAGCUGGCCGCCAGGCUGGACGCCAUGGACAACCGCGCCGAGGUCAUGACCCUCAACGACAACGAGACCGCGCUGCAGCUGUACGAGCACGUGUGCGACGAGCGGCGGUGCUCGGACAUUGGGUGCGAGGAUCCGGACGUGCCGGCGACGGUGCUGCUGCUCCCGCCCGACUUCCAGCUUCUCGACGCCGAGCAGCUGCCCGAGCUGGUGAAGCUGCUCAGCGUCGGUGAGCUUCGCGGCAGCUCUGUGGGUGGCCUCACUUUCGGCGCUCAAAUCCCCGAGUACAAGGGCCGCGGCGUUAGGGUCUCCUACCCUUCAGGGCCCACCUGGCAGAUAUACGAGGGCAAGGUAGAGCCAUGGAUGAUGAGCGACAACUGCACCGACAAUGUGCCAGUGCUCAUUCGCCGCACAACCUUCUGCUCCGCAUUCGCCGCCGACGCGCGCGACUUCCGCUCCUACAACUCCUGGGUUCUGUCGCUGAUGCUGGAGCAGACGGGGCUGCACCUGGGCUCCUAUCCGGCUGUCCCCUUCCGCCUGGCCAACUGGACGUCCCACGGGCACCACUGCCUCCUCGACAAGACCCCCGAUCGCAUGCUCGACAUCCAGGUGGCGGCGAAUCUGAUGACGGACGAUUACCUAAUGCGCAGCUACCAGCUGACGCCGGAGUACCGCCCACUGGUCGACUACUACGCUGACCUGGCGCCUGUCCAGGGGAAUAAAGGGUGGCGAUUCGGAUACUCGGACGCCCUCGUAGACAGCACUGCAGAUUUCCGGCCGAUGCAGUAUUUCGCGCACGCCUCCGGACAGCUGCCCGACGGGCGCUGGUCUGUAAGCGAGAAUGCAAGCUUCCCGCAUAUACACUCCCACAUCUUCCACCCCUGCGUGUCCAGUCAGCAGCAGCAGCCAGCAUGCGGAGACUUCUUCGCAGCCACCUCCAUCCUGCGCUUCGACUCCUUCUUCACGCAGAAGCUCGUCGUGGUGUCCCUGACCAUAGAGGUGCACCCGCACUGCGGAGACGGGGUGGAGUUCUCAGUGAUCCACACCCCGGCAAAGACCGGCGCGGCCGAAACGCUGCACGCGGCAGAGUACCGGCCUCAGGCGGCGCCGGUGCGGCAGCGGCUGCACUUCUUCCUGGACUGGAUCCACACAGGAGACACUCUAGACUUUGUAACGUGGCCCAAAGAUGACCACGACUGCGAUGGGACUCUGAUACUUGAGGCCAAGAUCUGGGACGCCAGCGAGUACAAGGAGACCACCACCUUCUGA